CCGGGUCUUUCGGUUCUGGGUUCAACUCAGCUCUUUUCACCGGCCGUGAUUGACAGGUAGUGGGCGGGGUUAGCUGGACCGGCUCUGGUCCCGCAUCUGCAGCUGCGACACCGUCAGAACCGUUAGAUCCGGAUCCACGUGACGGGGUGGAGGGGAGCCAGAACAUGUCUGAGGAGGCUCCACGUGAGGGGGACCAGUCUGCCACUCAGUCUCAGUCCACUCUGCCCCCGUCCCAGGCCCUUUUCACCCAGUCCCCUACCCAGUCGAAGACCCAGUCCCAGCCCGGUUCUGGUUCCUCCAGUGGGCCGACCUCGGGCAGCCAGUCGUCCAGUGGCUCGGGGACCGUGAGCAGCAUGGACACCCUCCCCGUCACCCUGCCGUCCGUCCCAGAGGAACCAGAACCACAACCCUGGGGCCGCCUGCUGCCCAUGGCCCCGGGCUUCAGGAGUCAGGACUGUCUGGAGGAGCAGUACCUGUUUGGACGAGACUCUAAGUGUAACUACGUCCUUGACGAUCCUGAUGAACCACGAUCGAAAAAGUUCAGAAUCUACAGCAAGAAACACUUUAGGAUCUACAGAGAGGACAGCGAGGUCUUUGUGGAGGACUUCAGUAACAACGGGACGUUUGUUGAUGGGAAGCUGAUCGGUAAAGACCGGAAGCUUCCUCUCGUCAACAACGCCGUCCUCUCUCUGGCUGAGCAGCGGAACAAAGUCUUUGUCUUCAUCGACCUCAUGUCUGACAAUCAGUCCACUUUACCCAAAGAUCUUCAGGAGAAAUAUCUUCUGACUCGACGCAUCGGGACAGGUGUCUGUGGUGAAGUCAAACUGGCCUUCGAGAGAUCGACCUGUAAGAAAUUUGCAGUGAAAAUAAUAAACAAGAGCAACUUUAAAUCUGAAGGAACGGCAACACGAAAUGCACAGACAGAGCUGGAGAUUCUCCAGAGGAUCAACCACCCUUGUCUCAUGAGGACAGAGGACUUUUAUCAGACGGACGACAGUUACUACAUCGUGUUGGAGCUGAUGGAGGGAGGUGAACUGUUCCAAAGAGUCAAGUCUCAGCAGCAGCUUCACGAGUCUGUGGCCAAACUUUAUUUCUACCAGAUGCUCCGAGCCGUGCAGUACCUCCACAGUAACGGGAUCAUCCAUAGGGACCUGAAACCAGAGAACGUGCUUCUGUCCACGCAGGACGACAUCUGUCUCAUCAAGGUGACGGACUUUAACCAGUCCAGGAUCCUGGAGCAGGCGGUCCUGAUGAGGACUCUGUGUGGGACUCCGUCCUAUCUGGCUCCUGAGGUCUUCACUCAGGCCACAGGAGGAUACAGUCUGUGUGUGGACGCCUGGAGCCUCGGAGUCCUGCUCUUCGUCUGUCUGGGGGGUUACCCUCCGUUCCAUGAGAGCUUUGGUCAGUCGAUCACUGAUCAGAUCAUCAGAGGACAAUUUACCAUGGUUCAGUCCAAGUGGAAACACGUCUCUGACCAAGCUAAGGAUGUGGUGAGGAAGCUGCUGGUUGUUGAUCCCAGUCAGAGGAUGACUAUAGACGAAGCUCUGAAUCACCCCUGGUUACAGGAUCAUGUGAUGGUGAAGACGGCUCAGACACUGAUGUACCCUGCUGGAGAGCCUGCUGCUGCCAUGGAGGCGGGGUCAGUCUCUGGGAGGAAACGAGGGCGAAAAGGAGACGAGGAGGAGGAGCUUCCAGCCAAACGCAGCCAAGCCCCGCCUCCUGACUUGCUGUAGUGGACCAAUCCAAUUUGGCCAUUCCUCAGGUCAGGUGACUCAGCGUCACAACUGAAACACUGUAAAUAAAGUUUCAAUGUUUUCUAAUAAAGUCUUUAAUAUUUUUUACUGUUUAAAUUAGA